ACCACACAAGAAAUGGAGAGGGAAAGGAAUUUAUUUGUCACGUUAAUAGCGUGUGACUCCAAAGCCAAAGGCAAGUCAGAAGCACAACACAAAACGAGAGAAAGAGAGAGAAGAAAAUACAUGAAAUUGAAAGAUGAACGAAGAUGGCGUAAGCUCUGCCAAUCCCAAUCUCUCUCUUCCGAAACCACCUUCUUCUCCUCCCACACCUGCAGCAAGUUCUGCGGGGGCCUCGUCGCCGGCGUUUCCGCCAAAUGGUGAUGUUCGUCGCCGCCACAAAUCAAGUGCGGAUUCGCGCGAGGUUGUGGGUUCGUUGCUGCAAGGCUCUUCGGUUCCCUCCUGCCGGCCAUGGGAGCGCGGCGAUUUGCUGCGCCGCCUUUCGACGUUUAAGCUCGCCGGGAAAUUGCCCAAGGUUGCUGGGUCGUUGGCUUGUGCGAAGAGAGGUUGGGUGAAUGUGGGUGUUGCUAAGAUUGAGUGUGAGAUAUGUCGUGCUCAAUUAGAUUUUGCCGUGCCUUCAGCUUCAUCUUUUGAAGGUGAAUCUAUAAUUCUAAUGGAUUUUUUUUUUUGGUUUUGCUUUUUAAUGAUGGGGGAUGGGAUUGCUGAUUCUGCUAGAUUUCCAACUCAAAGGUCUGCUCAGAAUAAAACUCCUCAUCAUCAAGCCACACACUGA